AUGUCUGCCUCCGAUUCAAGUUGCCCUGAAGAGCUGGCUGAAGACCUGGCAGUUCAGGACCCUGUAGUAAAUGGCUCACCAAUCUGUGAAGAUACAUGUGGGAGUAGAGAAUUGAAAAAUGAAGGAACACCUCUUAUGGAACUUGAAAACAAAGACCCAUGCCACAGUGAUCCAAGCCUGGGAGAACACCUGUCUGAAAACGAAUCAGCCAAGAAUCACUCACCCAGUAUCUUGACAGAAAGUCACUCAGAAGAGGAGCAGAAGGAGGAAGAAGUGCUUUGUGAUUUCUGCCUAGGAGAGAAGGUGCAGGCAGUAAAAUCCUGUUUGACCUGCAUGGUAAAUUACUGCCAGGAUCACUUGAGGCCUCACCUUGAGAAUGUCAAACUACAAAGCCAUAGGCUUAUGGAUCCACUAAAGGACAUUGACAUACAGAGCUGCAAGACCCACAAAAGGCAUCUUAGCUGGUUCUGCCACAGUGACCUACUCUGUAUCUGUGAGGAGUGUCUUUCUGAUGGACAUCAAAACCACCAAGCUGUAAUCUGUGGAGUAGCCAGGAAAGAAAAAGAGUGUGAACUUCUUCUUCAUCAAGAAGAAUAUGAUUGGAAACUGAAGUCAGCUGAAAAUGCAAUUGUUAAAUUGGAGAAGAACUCAGAGUCUAUAGUGAAUUCAGUAUCUGAAGUGAAACUCUUGGUGGAAGAGAAGUUUGAGGAGCUUCUCCAAGCUGUCAAGGCAACCCAUGCCAUUGUGCUCACUUUUCUGGAGGAGAAAGAGCGUGCUGCAGUUAAUCAUGCAAAUGGAAUGAAGAUCUACCUUCAGAGCCAACAAGUGACAAUGGAGGAAUGGAGGAAAAGACUGGAGAAGAUGGCCACUCACACUAAUGACAUCAUCUUCCUAAAGGAAUACUGUGAAUUCAAGAAGCAUCUGGGAGAUGAGACAUUGCCCAGUGUGUAUAUUGGCCUGAAAGACAAAUUAUCAGGCAUCCGAAAGGUGAUCUCUGAAUCCACUGAACAGCUUUUACAAUUACUACACAGUUCCUAUAAAGAAAAGUUGCAGGGGUUUGCCGAUGAUGAAGAUGCUGGGAUAAAAACAACAGUGGCUGCAAUUGUCCCAUCCAAAUAUCGCCUGUCAGCUCCAGAACCUCAAAGUAGGAAUGACUUCUUAAAGUAUGCUUGCCUGUUAACAUUUGACCCAGUUACUGCUCAUCGCUAUUUGAGGCUUUUGGAUGAUAACCACAAGAUUUCCAACACCACGCCCUGGGAGCACCCAUACCCAGAUCAUCCAGAAAGAUUUGCACACUGGCGCCAAGUCUUGUCCAAUCAAAGCUUAUAUAUGGGUCGUUAUUACUUUGAAGUCGAGAUAUUUGGAGCUGGUAUUUACAUUGGCAUGACAAAUAAGAGCAUUGACAGGAAAGGUUCAGAGAGCAACAGUUGCAUCUCAGGGAAUAACUUCUCCUGGUGUAUUAAAUGGAACGGCAAGGAUUUCUCAGCUUGGCACAUUGAUGUGGAGACGCCUUUGAAAUCUCAGGAAUUCAGCAGAAUAGGGGUCUACCUAGAUUACCCCAGAGAGACACUCUCCUUUUAUGGCAUCGCUACUGACUCCAUGACUGCCUUGCAUACUUUUGAAUGCAAGUUUAAUGAGCCUUUAUAUCCAGCCUUCUGGCUAUCAAAGAAGGAAAAUAGCAUCCAGAUUGUUAGGUUGCGUGAAGAAGCUGAGCAGAAUCCAGAAGCUUCUCUUCCUUCCACAGGAGAAUCGGCUUCCAGUAGUUUAGAGACACAUGAUUAAAGCAAUAUGCAGUUGAAACUGUUAACUCAGAACCGAGUCAUUAUCUUUGUCAUACAAUCUAGGCAAUACUGAUCAAUUGUGGGCUUUUUGUAGAAGAAUCUACAUCUAUUGAAAAAUUGUGUCUUAUAUACUUCAGGUUGCUUACUACCUCUGCGAAUAUUACCUCUCACCGAGAGAGAAAACAUAACAUUAUAAACAUCCUCCAUCAGAGAUGGCAUUUAGCAGGUUCUGACCAGUUCUGGAGAACCGGUAGCAGAACUUUUGAGUA